CUUUCCUUUCGUUGAGGAAUGAAUGGUAGCGGUGCACAGUGAAAAGCCUUGGAAAUUCAACAGCCUUUUCCAAUGGACCUGCAUUCUUUUCAGCAAUUGCUCAAGUACACGCAUCUCCUGGUCCCGGUUACUAUGUUAUGGUGGGGAUUGCGGACAAAAGGAAACAAAGGUGGUGAAAAGCAAAGAGAAACGCUUUGCGCAGUGCAAUGGCUGUCUGUACCUUUGGAUGUGUACGGAGAAUGGAACAAGGCUGACAGCUGAUGGCGAUGGGCAUGUGCUUCGACUCCGACCUCCACAUCCGCCUCCACCUCUCCAUUUUAUCGUCUUUUCACUGCAGCGCCAAUGCCGCAUAAUGUGAGAGGUAAAAUGGAUAAAUCCGAGAGGAACAAUGGCGGCGACGCCAUUGACGAGAAGACGGAGGCGGCAGACAGUAAAGCAGGGGAUGGAGAACAGGGUCGGAGUGGAGGGAAAAAGGCAAAAGUGGCGCAGACUCCGAGGUGCCAAGUGGAGAAAUGCACGGCAGAUCUGAGCAAGGAGUACUUUCGGAGGCACAGGGUUUGUGAGCUCCACGCCAAAGCCAGGAAGGUGCUUCUCUUGGGUUUCGAACAACGCUUCUGCCAGCAAUGUAGUAGGCCGUACAUCAAUUGUAUCAGCAGUUCAGGGGGCUGUACCAUCAGCAUUUUGUCAUAAUUCAGUCGAACAAUCAACAAAUAUUCCAGAUGUGCUCUGUCCUCUUGAUGUUCUUGAAUGCAUUUUUCUCUACAGAUUCCAUGCCUUAGUAGAAUUUGAUGAAGCAAAAAGGAGUUGUAGGAGACGGCUGGCUGGUCACAAUGAGCGCCGUAGAAAGCCUCCCUCUGAUUCCUCAGCUGACAGAUUGGAUGCAAACAGCCAUCAUAGUAAUAAUUGGCUGACAUAUGGAGGAGUCUAGCCAUAUGUGAGAUGUUAAUUUGCAAAGAGAUUAAAAUCCAUUAGAUUCUGGAUGUGCUCUCUCUCCUCUGUCAUCUCUUGGCUCAGCUCUUUGUGCACAAGAAGCAUGACCAGAGCUUUAAUUAUGAUCAAAUUUGGACAAUCUUGACCAUAAGUUGUAAGUCAUAAUACCCAUGGAUUUUUAUUAUCAGAAUUUAUACAAAGUUUGCUAGUCUAGAAUUGAUAAAACUCACUUUGUAUGUUAACGUUUGAAUCUUGUCUAUGCGAUCAUUUUAGACUUCGGAGAAUUUUUAAUUUUAUAAUGCAACUAUUAGGAGCAUGCUGUUACCAUAGUGCGUGGUGGUUUCUGACAAAAUGUUUUUCUGGUACCAUAUGUCAUGACUUAUAAAGGUAACUAAAUGUAUAUUUUGGUCCUUA